CCUUAGUCUUCACUGAGACGUUACAGAGUACGGUCGGAAGUUCAUACAUUAUUUGAAGAACUAUCGUCACAGUUCUUCUUUUGCAAUUUCAUUUAUCUCAACAAAAAAAAAUAAAUAAAUAAAACUUUUUCCGUUCAAAAAGUGUUUAAUCGAUCAAUUAAAAAAAAAAACGUGAUUUUGCUGGUUCGAAAUCUAGUUGCAAAAAAGGAUUAAUAAAAAAAAAAAGAAAAGAGUGCACACCCUCAAGUGGGAGGAGUUUUUCCAAACAAGUGGAAAACAAUAGUUAUUAUUUUCAAUGAUGAUGCACACUAUGAGUGAGCAUGCGGGGGGAGCUGGAGGACUAGGUGUCCUACCAUUUGAUGGAAUGGGACUCUAUGAACAACCACGGCCAAGGUUUGUCUUCAAAAUGCCCCGAGUUGUUCCUGAUCAAAAAGCAAAAUUCGAGAGUGAUGAACUUUUUCGAAGAUUGGGCCGCGAAAGCGAGGUGAAAUACACUGGCUAUCGAGACAGGCCACUUGAAGAAAGGCAAGUCCGUUUUCAAAGUGGAUGUCGAGAGGGACAUACGGAAAUUGCAUUUGCAGCAACUGGCACAAAUUUACAGCUCGUAUUUGGUGUCGCUUCCGGAAACUAUGCGGGAGAUCCACGAGAGUCCGAUUUUGAAAAAGAACAUGGCAAGGUUCAUUUGAAAUCUCAUCUAAUAAUGAACGGAGUGUGCGUCUUGUGGAGAGGCUGGCUCGAUCUGGAUCGUCUCGACGGUGUUGGAUGUUUGGAGUACGAUGAAGAGAGAGCAAAUGAAGAGGAUGCACUUCUUCGGGAUCAACUUGAGAGAUACAAUCAACGUCUACGUGAAUUUGAGGAAAAACAAAGAACCUACAGAAGUGGUGGCGUUCAACCACCGCAUCUAAAUCAUCAUCAUCAUCACCACCAUCAUCAUGGUCAUCAUGGACAUCAUGGAACUGGUGCCGCCACUGCCGGUACAGUUGAACCUCAUCUCACUCACAGACAGGAUCCCGAUAUGGAGGUCAGACUUCGCGCCUACUGAACACAAAAAAUCUAAUUUUUGUGUGUCACACUUCAUUAAAUUACUUGAACAUCAAAAAAAAAAAAAAAUUCCCGAUUGUUGUACGCGCAAUAAACAUCGAAUCAUCGGGACAUUUUACAAGCAAUUUUACCAAAAAAAAAAAAAAAAAAUUCUUUUCAUAAAAGAGUUAAUAUAUAUAUAAAUAUAUAGACAUCAAUCAAGGUUUUUAUCUACCAUCUUCAUUUUCAAUUACCUAUUUUUUAAACAAAAAAAUGUCAAAACGCGCAUGAAAAUUGGUGCUUCUAUAUUUGUGCGAUUAAUUUUUUUCUCAC